GACGAAAGUAAUUCUUCCGCAUUUAUUAAAAUUUUCUCGAUUUAAACCAAUUUUUACCAAAUAGAACCAUACAUCUGGUGAUAGUACGAGGCUUCUUGACCCAUUGUUCAUUUCACAAUUUGAGUGAUGGAACAGGGACAGGGUGAUUCUAUCAGUGAAGUCAAAGCAGAGGCAGAAGAGUUUGAACUCGAAACAAACCGGUCGACCCCGACUGGAGAUGCUGAGCACAUGAACACCACUGAUGACCUGGAUGAAUCAGAAAUCCCCGUCGUCUCUGUCAAAGUGGAAUCAGAAAAUGAUGCAACAAAAAAUAAAGAUGGAGAUAAAGCCACCUCUGCCCAGCUUUCAAAUGCAGGCCCGCAAAUGGAAGAUCCAUUUGAAUCUCUGAAAAACCUGCCAGCAACAGCAGAUGGAGAGCAAGUGAUUGAUCUGUCGAAGAAAGUGGGCGCCACAUCUGAUGAGGUAUCCAGCUCAAAUAAACCAGAAGUCACCAAGGAAACUAAAGAAGACAAAUCUGACCCAUGGCCUGUCAUGCUGACUCCUGCCGGUCCUCCUGCGUUUCCUAGUGCAUUCCCAGUAUUCCCGGGAAUGGCGUCUCCUCCAGUUGGCUACAUGAUGCACCCAAACAAUCUCCAAGACCUAGGCAAUUAUGAUACUUACCUAGUAGAAGCUCGUGAACGGAGUAUGAAACAGGCCAAGGAGACUAACAAAAUAACUCUGCGCCGUGGCCGUUCUCAGAAGAAUAAACUUGUUGUUGUGACUAAAAAACCCGACAAAGCUGAAAAACCUAAGUCUGGGAGGCGGAAGAAUGCAACUCCUAAAAAGAAAGCUGGUGUUGAUACUGAGGAUGUUGUUAAGUAUCCAAAAAAGGUUGAAAAUUUAAAAUGCCAGCAUUGCGACAAAAGUUUCAAAUCAUCGGCAGAUUUAGAGAAACAUGAAAAGUCUCACACAAAGUAUCCGUGUGAUAGCUGUGAUGAAGCGUUUAGAAGUAAAGCGGCUCUGAAGCAACACAGUAUUGUUCAUGGGCUAGACUUGACCUAUGAAUGUCACUACUGUAGCAAGGUAUUCAUCGGGAAAAGGCGAUAUGAUGUGCACAUUCAGACACACGGCGAUGAGGUGCCUUACAAGUGCAUAUUGUGCCAGGAAGGAUUUGUUGACUGGCGAAGUUUGAAUUCACAUGAGAAGAUGCAUGAAAAGCCUUACAGAUGCAUGGACUGUGAGGAAGUCUUUGAUGAGCUCCGCGCUUUGAAGAAACACAACAGGACACAUACGGAUCCAAAAGCCCCUACAGGCGAUCCUGUAGUCUUCAAAUGUCUGCAGGGAGAGUGUGGUCAGGAGUUUCAGAAGAAGAAUCAGCUGAAGCGCCACACAAAGGAGGUCCACCCGGCUGAGUAUUUAUGUAAACAUUGCGGCAAGACUCUAAAAGAUAAAUCAACAUUCGAAAAGCACGAACGGCGCCAUCUCGGUGAGAAACAUUUCAUGUGUAAAUACUGUGGCAAGAUGUUUAUUGAUCAGGCAAGUUUAAACCGGCAUGAACGAGUCCACACUGGUGAAAAACCCUUCAAAUGCAAAAUAUGUGAGAAAGGGUUUUCCACGAGUUCAGCCUGUAAUGUUCAUUUACGCACACACACAGGUGAGACCCCUUUCCCUUGUAAGAUCUGUGGCAAGAAGUUUUCCUCUGCAGGUUCGGUGUAUCUACACUUGCGUAUACACUCGGAUGUGCGCGAUUAUAAAUGCACAGUAGAAGAUUGUGGUAAAGCAUUCCGUCAAAAGGCGGCACUGCAGAUGCAUGAGAGACGCCACACAGGUGAACGUCCAUUCAAAUGUAAGUUCUGUAUGAAGGGUUUUACCGAGAAUCGUUCCUUGAUCCGCCAUGAGAGGUUGCAUACUGGUGAAAAGCCAUUCAUUUGUAAAUAUUGCGGGAAAGCGGUGACUGAUCAGAGUACCCUAACGCGGCACGAGCAUAGCCACUCCGAGGUCAAACGUUUCCAAUGUCAAUAUUGUGAAAAACGCUUCACUUGGCAUCAGCAUUGCAUGAUUCAUGAAUUACUUCACACUGGCGAGAAACCCCAUUCGUGUGGGUUCUGUGAUAAACGCUUUACAAAGAAAGCGAAUCUGACGGAACAUGAGCGCAUCCACACCGGUGCCAAACCAUAUAAAUGCCGUCAUUGCGAUAAGGCCUUCAACCAGCGAGGUGCGUGCCGAACCCACGAGCACACUCACAUGGGCACCAAACCAUAUAAAUGUGAAAGAUGUGAUAAGUCUUUCUCAUGGCGUCAUCUGUUGGCAAAGCAUGAACAAAGUCAUUACGAUGUGAAUGCGCCGCUUGAAGUGGAUGACAUGGACGAGAUAUUCGAGAAGAAACGCAUCAAGAGGCUCAAGAUCGAACAGAAGAGUGUUGAGAAACGUGUUGGAAAGAUGCUGCCUGCUGGGUCAAAUAACGAAAACGUACCUGUGAACAGAAGUUAUGAAAAACUUGCAGCUGCGCCAAGAGAUCUUGAUAAAAGUUUUGACCGAGAUGUAGCUGUUCCGCAGGGCACUGGUUCUAGCUUGAAUGCACGGUGCAAUAGUCUGGCUAGCACUGUCAAUGCAUUGCAUCAGAGUAUUGUAACUGCGUUAGGCCAGGCUCCCCCUGGUGCCCCGAGCAUGAGUAUAUUGGACCCAAAUGCUCGACCUAGCUCAGGCAUGUCUGGAAUGGUAGGUCAGGAUAACCAAGGAGGUGCGAUGGACCAGACAUCCCCUCCUGGCCAGAUUAUGGUGUCGCAAGGAUCAAGACCGGAUGCCACCUAUCGUCAAAGUCCACAUAAAUCUCAAAACGCUAUUCCGAGUUAUGAUGAAAUCAUGAAUCUAAGCCCAGAGAAGAAUAAUCUAUCUUUACCACCCUUGCCGAGGGUUAUGAGAAGUCCAACACAACAAAUGCAGAGGGAAGAAGAUACGCCAUUCAUACCACCAGAUCAUAACAUGAGUAGCAGGACGUAUGCCCAGAUAUCUCAACCGCAACAUGUUAUGACAAGUCCCACAUACGUUCAGAAACAAGUAGAGCAAGGUCCCAGUCCUGAGAUGGUUCACUCCAGCUUACGCCAGCAACACGAGGGGUACAUCCAGCAGCAGGAACAUAUCAUGACUGACCCCGCUUAUGAACAAGUUAUAAACGAAGUUGAAGUUACUGAUUCCGGUGAACACAACGUGACGGCACUUCAUCAGCAAAUAAGUAACAUCAUGACCGCGUUUAAUCAAAAUUUUGACAAUUCUGGAAGUUCUUUGCAUGACUUACCAGAUAAUUCUAAGGUGAUUAUACUCUCGGUACCCAAACCUUAGAGUUGAUUUUGAACGUUGUAUUCAGUGUGUGAGGUCAACUUCAAAGGAAUUUGUUCAAACAUAACCUCAGUAGGAACUCCUCACUGUGCAGUGUAUCAAGUGACUUGGUAAACUCAAGUUGGUGGUGAAGAGCGCAUCUUAAUAUGUGUUGUAGGCUUCGCAUUAUCUUCAUGUCCUCUUCCACUUGUUAUGGAUCCUGUAAUCUCCACUUCCUAUCUCAUGUAGAUAACUUUUUAUCUAGUUAAUAUCGAUGAACAAGAAUAACAACUCCACCAAGAUCACUUGUUUGUGUGAUGCUUUUUUAGUUGUUGGUCAACAGUGGCCUUAUUGUGUGUACAACAUUCCCAUGAAUUUGUAUAUAAAUCAAUGUAUUUUUAUUUGUGUUAGCUGUGCGAAACUUUGCCCAUUUACAUGUGUGGCUUGUUUCUCAUUGGAAUGAAUUUGGGGAAUAUCAUCAGUGCCUUUCCAUUUCAUGGUCUUGGGUGGGAUCUUAGUGGUGGUAUAGGUAUUGUUAAUGGGAGGUUUUAAAACUGACUACAGUUUGCCAACAAGGCUUGUUUCAACUAAGAAAUAAUCUACGAAUUGAGAGUACAUACAUGUAUGAACAACAAGCAAUUGAUGUACAAGGGGUUAUAUGGAAAAUUAUGUAAAUAUGAUUGAGGUUUACUGUAAACAUAUUAUUGUUAUGAUAUUUCUCUAGUAAAACUAAAAGUGUACAUAUUUUGCAGAAUAUUUUUAAGUUCGAGUUCUAAGGCUGGGUUAUGUGUGCACAAUGACUACAUUGACCAGAAAUAUCACAGUACAUGUACAUGUUGUUCAUUUCUGAAACUAAAUCAUUUGGAGAAUGUUCUUUGUGCUUUCAAUGUAGUACCACAGUAUGAGUUAUUGUGGGCUUGUAUUUUGUGAUGUUCACAUGGUCUGUGUGAAGCUGGUAAUGAAUUCUGGGUAGGCUGCAAUUAGCAUAACUUUUCUUCAUGUAAAGAGCUCAUUCCUAUAUAAACCUUCUUGAGGUUUGCUGAAAAAAAUAUUCUUGUCUUUGUGUUGAUGAGACCAAGAAUUGAUCAAUUCUUGAUGAUACCUGUUCUUUUGUAAUUGCUUAAAUUUGUUGUGUUUAAUCAUGGAAUCAUUAUCAAGUGUCUGAGAAUGUCUGCACAAGCUUCAAAUAGUCAUCAGUCAAUCAUGCCUCAAUGAAUUUAAUUGGGAAAAUAUGUCUGAAAUGUGACUAUUUCAAAAUGUUUCAGUGUUAAUUCACCUUGGAUGGGUGUAUUUGUUGUAAAAAAUAAAAGCCUCGCUGGCCUGAUUACAAUUUUUCAGAGAUUGGAUUCCUUUAGCAAAAGCAGUUUUUUGCCCCUUAGAAAUGACAAUAUUAUGUAGAUAUCAAUGUAUCCAGUUUUAAUUUCAACCUCUUCAUUGUCAUGGACAAAGUUCUAAUUCUAUUGGUCCUUCACCAAGUUAGGCCUAUCCUCAUUGAUUAGCAAUGCAACCUUGUCGGAAGACCAAUGAAAUUUGAAUCUAAGAAAUAGUUUUUAUCAUGAUGUGAGCCUUGGUAUAUGUAGUAAGAUAUAGUGGAAAUA